GUUGUGCACAUGCAAAGACGAGGAACGAGAAGAGAGAAGAGAGAAGAGAGACGUCUGCUUUUCAAGUCGCUUUCAUGCAUUUGUGGAUCUUCUUCUUCCUCAUAUAUAUCUUCCUCCGACCAUCACUUUAACUCAUCUUCUCCGUCCGAUCGAGUCAGGGAAUAUUUUGUGCUGUGUUCAUAAUCUGUGGUCCCUUAAUUUCCUUGUCCAUCUCCUCAAAAAAUCUUCCUUCCUUCUAUAUAUGCAUCAACCAGAGAUCCUUACCACCAGAAGCUCCGCCAUAGCAACGAGGUUCUUCUUCUUCUUCUUCUUCUUCUCACGACCACCAAAAUGAUGACGAAGCAGUCCGACCAAGCAGAUGGGUGUUCCUCUGAGAGCUGGUUGGACGAUGCUUGCAUUCUCGACAUCGACUUCUUCGUGAAAACUCUCUCAGGCAUUAAAUCAAAAGGCGUGUGUGCAGACCUAAUCGGCUCCGUUAUCACUCACUACGCCUCCAAAUGGCUCCCUGAACUCUCUUCAAUCGACGUCGCAGAACGAAGCCUCACCCAAUUCCAGGAAUCCCCCGAAAGCGUCGCCGUUUCGUGGAUGAAGAAGCGCUUCUUCGUCGAAACCCUAGUGGGCGUUCUGCCUCCAGAGAAAAACUCGAUCCCCUGUAAUUUCCUGCUUCGCCUUCUCAGAACAGCCAACAUGAUCGGCGUUGAGGCCGCAUUCAGAUCGGAGCUUGAGAAGAAGAUUUCGCGGCAGCUGGAUGAGGCUUUGUUGAAGGAGCUAAUGAUUCCUUCUUUCAAUCACACCUGCGGGACAUUAUUGGAUGUAGAGCUCGUGAUUAGGUUGGUGAAUGAGUUCCUGAGUUUGAAUGGCGAGGGAGCGAAGAGCGGUGCUGCUUUGCUUAAGGUAGCUAAGUUAGUGGAUUCGUACCUCGCCGAGGCAGCCAUUGAUGCCAAUUUGAGCCUGUCUGAGUUCGUUGCGCUCGCCGGAGCUCUUCCUCCUCAUGCAAGAACUACAGACGAUGGCUUGUACAGAGCCAUUGACACUUACCUCAAAGCGCAUACAGGGGUAUCGAAGCAAGCAAGGAAGAGAUUGUGCAGGCUGAUAGAUAGCAGCAAACUCACGCCGGAGGCGUCGCUUCAUGCGGCUCAAAACGAACGCUUGCCGGUCCGAGCAGUGUUGCAGGUGCUCUUCUCGGAGCAAACCAAACUGAACCACCAUCAGUUGGAGCCGGCGAGGUGCGUGUCGAGGCGAGAAAUGGUGGGAAACCAAGGGAAGGAGAUAAAGAAGCUGAAGGAAGAGGUGGUGAGGCUGCAAAGCCAAUGCAAUGCGAUGCAGGCGCAGAUGGAGAAGAUGACGGAGAAGAGGAAGCUGGGGUUCUUCUGGUGGAAGAAGCCUGCGAUAAUGGCCACCUCUACUGCCAGAGGCGGCGGGAGUAGGAGUGUGGAGAUGAAUAGCACAGAAGAUGAAAAUGAUGACAAUGGGACUGUGGGGCUCCAGGCACAAACGCCUAUGCACGUAAGGACGAGACUGCUCAAGGCUAAGGCUCAUCAUCCUAAGUGGAGGAGAUCCAUGUCUUGAAUCAUCGGUGUAGAAAGAGGGCAAGAGUCAUAAUAUUUAUAUAAGUGCAGGCUUAUAGUACUGAGGAGCGUUAUAAUAAUUAAUAAGGUUGUGUCUUUUUUUUUUUUUUAAUUCAAUUAAGAGUGAGUCAAAUUAACUAUUCUUCAUAUACUAAAUAUAAAUUAUAUUAUAAAUUAAGUCUUAUAUUUAAAAUAAAAAA